AUGACCAAGGGAAAGGUUUGUUUGGCUUACAGUGGUGGCCUCGACACCAGCGCUAUCCUCAAGUACCUGCUUGAGGAUGGCUACGAGGUCGUCUGCUUCAUGGCCGAUGUUGGUCAGGAAGAGGACUUCGAGGCUGCCCGCGCCAAGGCAUUGAAGAUCGGUGCCCUCAAGUGCGAGAUCAUUGACCUCCGCAAGGAGUUCGUCGAGGAGCUCUGCUUCCCCGCUAUCGCUGUCAACGCCAUCUACGAGAACGUCUACCUUCUCGGAACCUCUUUGGCCCGCCCCGUCAUUGCCCGUGCUCAGAUUGAUGUCGCCAAGAGAGAGGGAUGUUUUGCCGUUUCCCACGGUUGCACCGGUAAGGGUAACGACCAGGUCCGCUUCGAGCUUGCCUUCUACGCCCUGCAGCCCAACAUCAAGGUCAUUGCCCCGUGGCGCGACCCUGUCUUCUACGAGCGCUUCGCCGGUCGCCAGGACUUGCUCGACUACGCCGCCGAGAAGGGUAUCCCCGUUACCUCCACCAAGUCCAAGCCCUGGAGUAUGGACGAGAACCUGGCUCACUGCUCGUACGAGGCCGGUAUCCUGGAGGACCCCGACACCACUCCUCCCGCCGACAUGUGGAAGUUGACCCAGGACCCCUUGACCGCUCCUGACCAGCCCGAGGACUUCACCGUUUUCUUCGAGAAGGGUGUUCCCGUUAAGCUCGUCUACACCGAGGGUGGCAAGGAGAAGGUUGUCACUGAGGCCGUCGAGCUCUUCUUGACUGCCAACGCCAUCGCUCGCCGCAACGGUGUUGGCCGUAUCGACAUUGUCGAGAACCGAUUCAUCGGUAUCAAGUCUCGUGGCUGCUACGAGACCCCCGGUCUCACCUGCUUGCGCGCUGCUCACGUUGACUUGGAAGGUCUCGUUAUGGACCGUGAGGUCCGUGCCCUCCGUGACCAAUUCCUCACUGUCAACUACUCCAAGAUCCUCUACAACGGCCUCUACUUCUCCCCCGAGCGUGAGUUCCUCGAGUCCUCCAUCGCCGCUUCCCAGAAGUCCGUCAACGGACAGGUUCGCUGCCGUGCCUACAAGGGCGCCGUCUCCGUCCUCGGCCGUUCCUCCGAGACUGAGAAGCUGUACGACAUGACCGAGUCCAGCAUGGACGAGAUCGGUGACUUCUCUCCCGCCGAGACCACCGGUUUCAUCACUGUCUCUGCCAUCCGUCUCAAGAAGUACGGCCAGAUGAAGCAGGAGGCUGGUGAGAAGAUGUAA